AUGGCCUCCAAACUCUGGCAACCCAUCGACCCAACCAAAGCCGCACCCGUCCCAAUCCGCCGCAAGAAUACCAUCCCAGGCACAUGGCUCACCCUCACACCCUCGACCACCUCUUCCACCAACAUCACCAACGCCGAAGCCGUGUCGCCCACCCUCGACCCCCAAUCAGCUUCCUCAUCGUUCCUCACCAACGACAACUCCACCGCCAGCGACGGCUCCUCGCGACACUCUUCUUUCACCUCAGCCGGGAACGAGCUGACAAGUCCGUUGAAGAGUGAUGUCGAGGUCUCUCCGCGGCACUCUUCGUUUGGCUCGACGGGGAAUGAGAUGCGGCUUCCGAUGAAGAGUAAUGUCCAGGCUGGAGUGCAUGGAGAUGCGGCGGAGAGGAGGGAGGCGAACGUUGCGCUGGGGAGGAAGGCUGUGGAGGGCUAG